AAAUAUGAUUUGCAGUAUAUGUAGAAGGUAAUAUGUGGUUUUUAUUGAUUUGGAUUUCAUUGUUCAAUCUGACUCAGGCAAAAACCCCAACAAGAACAUCAGAUUUUCGAAAUUAUAGAUUGGAACUAUUUACCGAAAAAAAAUCAUAUGAUGCCGCCAAGACUGUGUGUGAAAGAAGAAAUGCAUGGCUUGUUGAGAUAAAAGAUGAAGAAACUCAAGCUGCAGUGAGCAGGCUUACUGAGUAUAAUAUAUGGAUUGGUUUGCACCAUGACAGCGGUUGGAGAUGGAACAACAUUAAUAAAUUACACUAUACUAACUGGUUUGUUCGUCCAUACUUUUUUACAUUACCUAUUUGCAUUUUGGAAACAAAUAUAAAGUAUGUAACACUUAAGUUGAAUAUUAUUUUUGUAGUUGAAUCAUAUUAUAACAUUGGAGUUUAUUAGUCAUACUGAACUCUCUUCGAUGGAGUUAUUUUAUUCCAUGUUCUAAUUUAUUUGCUAGCGAGCAUGCUCCAAGGUUUGUAAACUAUAUUUUACAGUUCUCGAGAUACCGAUGGAUGAUCGAGCUGCAAUUUAUUUUCGACAAUGUUUAACAGAAAAAACCUCAUGAAAAACAUAUAGAUAAUUUUAGAUCACCAAUAACAUAAAUAAAAAUAUAAAACAAUUAGGGAAAAUAUGAAAUGACUUUUAGUAUGGGUUAGGUGCGCCCGCCCCGCAAGUGAGGAGUAGACAAUUAUUUGAGGGAGCGUGGAGCUGACUAAAAAUACUAAUAUUUGUUUUAAUUUCCCCUUCUCAUUUUGGUAAUUUAGUAAAUUUCUUUAUUGUUUAUAGCAGGGGUUUCCAAACCGCGGUCCGCGGGCCAAUCACAAUCCGCGUAACGAUUAUAUAUGGCCCGCCGAACUUAAGUGAAAUAGUUUAACGGUUAAACUUUAUUCGUAAAUAAAAACUAAUACGUUUAACACUUUAUGUGUUUACCUUUUUGCGUUCAAGAUACCGGCAAUUGUUAUGUCAUUAUCACAGUUUGAGCAUGUGUAUAUUCAAUUAUACCAGUAUCUUAUGUAUACGUAUAGCACAAACCCCCCAAUAGUUUUACCCCAAUUUUAGAUAAAAGUUAAAGUUUCUAAAAAUUCAGACCGAAAGACUUUUGUAAGAAAUUCAAGCU